GAAACGCUUGAGCAACCGGUUAGUGGGGUAAGCUACUAAGGCUCUAUCGUCAGUUCGCUUUUGUACGCCAGUCGCUUUGGUUAGCUUAGAACGGACGUGGACGCGACUUUGUCACAAAUUCUUAAAUAUUUUCAGCAAAGAAUUUCCUUUGAAAAUUUUCAUUCAACGAAGUCAAUCACAAAAGUGUAAAAAUGUCGUACCACAAGCCUGAAGCAAAAGCUAUCCAGGAGCUGAAAGAUAUCGCUCAUCGUCUGCGUAUCCAUUCUAUUACAUCAACACAGGCAUCGAAAUCCGGCCAUCCAACAUCAUGUGCCUCUAUUGCCGAGAUCAUGUCGGUUUUGUUCUUCAACACAUUGCGUUUGAACUUGAAAUUCCCACGUGAUCCCUCAAGCGAUCGUUUUGUGUUGUCCAAGGGUCACUCUGCCCCAAUUCUUUAUGCCGCCUGGGCUGAAGCUGGUCUAUUUCCAAUUGAGGAAUUGCAGAACUUGCGUAAAAUAGACAGCGAUCUUGAAGGUCAUCCAACACCACGUUUGAACUUCAUCGAUGUUGGUACCGGCUCUCUGGGUCAGGGUGUUGCUGUUGCUGCUGGUAUGGCGUAUGUAGGCAAGAACUACGAUAAGGCCGACUACAGAACCUAUGUUGUUGUCGGUGAUGGUGAGUCCGCAGAAGGUUCUAUUUGGGAAUCACUCCACUUUGCUGGCCACUACAAGUUGGACAACUUGUGCGUCAUUUUCGACGUCAAUCGUUUGGGUCAAUCUGAACCCACCUCGUUGCAACAUCAAAUGGAAGUUUAUCGCAAACGUUUGGAUGCUUUUGGUUUCAAUGCCCUGGUUGUCGACGGCCAUGACGUUGAAGAGUUGUGCAAGGCGUUCCAUGAAGCUGCCACCACCAAAAAUAAGCCCACUGCCAUUAUUGCGAAAACGUACAAAGGUAAAUUCUUCCCAAACAUUGAGGAUCUGGAGAACUGGCACGGCAAGCCCUUAGGCGAUAAAGCCAACGAAGUGAUCAAGCACUUGGAAGGACUGAUUGUUAAUGCCAACGCCGUUAUUCCACCCAAGAGCCCAACUAAGCUGAAGCCUGCACCGGUGGUGGAUAUCACAAAUGUGAAGUUGUCUUCACCACCAAACUACAAGUUAGGCGAUCAAAUUGCCACACGCUUGGCAUACGGAACUGCUUUGGCCAAGAUCGGCCAAAACAACGACCGCGUCAUUGCCUUGGAUGGUGACACCAAGAACUCGACCUUCUCGGACAAGUUGAAGAAUAUAUUCCCUGAACGCUACAUCGAGUGCUUCAUCGCUGAACAAAAUCUUGUGGGUGUCGCCAUCGGUGCUGCGUGCCGUGACCGCACAAUCGCGUUUGUUUCUACUUUCGCCACUUUCUUCACUCGCGCUUUCGAUCAAAUUCGUAUGGGCGCCAUUUCACAGACAAAUGUAAACUUUGUUGGCUCUCAUUGCGGUGUAAGCAUUGGCGAGGACGGCCCCUCACAGAUGGGUUUGGAAGACAUUAGCUUGUUCCGUUCCAUUCCAGGCAGUACCGUGUUCUACCCCGCCGACGCUGUAAGUACCGAGCGCGCCGUCGAAUUGGCAGCCAACACAAAGGGUGUCUGCUUCAUUCGCACAUCGCGUCCUAACACCGCUGUCAUCUAUGGCAACGAUGAAUUGCUCCAGAUCGGAAAGGGCAAAAUUGUGAAGCAAUCACCCAAGGAUCAAGUGCUGUUGAUCGGCGCUGGUAUCACCCUCUAUGAAUGCCUUAAUGCUGCUGCUGAACUUGCGAAGAGUGGCGUACAUGCACGAGUCCUUGACCCAUUCACCAUCAAGCCUUUGGAUUCUGAGCUUAUCAUCAAGAACGGACGCGCCGUUGGUGGUCGCAUUGUUGUCGUUGAAGAUCACUAUCAACAAGGCGGUCUGGGUGAAGCAGUACUGAGUGUGCUGGCUGAACACCGUGACUUUGUGGUGAAACAUUUGUAUGUGCCAACAGUGCCACGCUCUGGCCCACCAAAUGUGCUCAUCGAUAUGUUCGGAAUUUCUGCGCGCAAUGUAAUCAGUGCCGUUGGAGCUGUGCUGAAGUUGUAAGUUCAUGGUAACUUAAAGAGGCUUUCCUCUGAAAUUGUUUCACUUAAUAACCACUUUUGGUUCAAAAAAAUCGAAAGAGAUUUUUGGAAGUUUAUGAAUGAAUUAAUUUUGUAUGGCCUUUAAAUAUUAAUUAUGAUUAAGAAAUAAACUUACAUCUAUGUAUCUAUGUAAA